CAACAAACCAACGUUAUUAUCAUUCGACGAAUGCCACUUACGGCCAUGACUUGGUAUGGGGUCCUGUCUUUCCAGACAUAGAACAGUUAACAUCUGAGAUCAUGUGUCAGUUGCAGUGAAGUCUUCUUCUGGUCAUAGAGAUAAAAGUGUUAGAGACGGUAGUGGAAAAGUAUACUAAAAAAUCCGAAAAACUUCCUGUGAAAAGAGAAAAUGAAAAUGAAAAGACCGAGGUAGAAAGAUCAACACUAUACGAUGAACGUCGGGAGAAAAUGAUACAAGCCUGUCGUGAAAAUAGAUACAGCGGGCGUAAAUUAAAGCCACCGGACACUGACAACUUUUCUAUUGACAGAAAGAACGGAAUCGUCUAUUGCGACAUUCCAAAAGUCGCCAGCACAUUCUGGAAAAGGGUACUACAAAUAGCUUCCGGUAAACGACAGAAAAAUGACGUGUUCGACAUCCCAGCGCGCUCAGCGCACGACGACCUUCUGGAAACCUUCCAGAGAAAAGGCUUUGAUGAAAUCCACCAGGUUUUAUCGACUUCAACUAAGUUUAUGUUCGUACGUGAGCCUUAUUCGAGAUUAGUUUCUGGAUACAUUGACAAAGUCUUUACACCUAGGCCCGCUUACAGGGGAUUGCGGAACGAGAUAAAGAACUUCGGGAUUCGUGGUAACAAGACAAAGGUUGUCUCAGACUGUGCUCUUGAUAUUACCUUUACACAAUUUGUCGUUUUCUUGGCGGAAAAGAUAGCAAAAAACACUUGGAGAAAUGGGCACUUUACCCCCAUGUACGAAAUGUGUCGUCCGUGUGAGGUGCAGUUCGACAUCAUCGGUAAGAUGGAAACGUUUAACGAAGACGCUACGUACAUUUUCAAGAAGAAAGGAUUUCCGGCUUCGAUUCAGCUGGACAAUGAAAGGAACGACCUUGAUUCUAUCACGGAUAUUGUGGACAGCACGUUCGCGGAGAAGAAAGGAAUGGAGAAAUGCCUACCCUUUGGUAAAGCUCUGGAGUAUGUGUGGAAGAAGGCAAUGAUUCGAGGUAUCCUCAGCAAAGAGGAAAGUAUGCCCAGACGUUUCAUAAACCAAUCAAAUGUCACAAGAGAGGAUUUCAAGAAAGCCAUGAUGGACGCCUACCAUCGUUCGAGCAAAAAUCCGGAUCGGGUAAACAACCGAAAAGAGGCACUUGUAGAAGCCAUGCAAAGUGUCCCAAAGGACGUUUUGCAGAAAUACCAAAAACUGUUCCGACCUGAUUUUGAAAUAUUUGGUUAUGACAUGGAAGAGCCGCAAAUAUUUCAGGUUAGACAGUCAAAGCCGUUCUAUUUUGUGUAGCGGAUAUGGCGGCUACUUGACUAGCUUGUUGAGUUGUGCUGAAGCACGGAAGAGUCCUUCCCGAAGUGCCAGUAUUUCACAGUCAUAUUAUAAUUUCACUGGACAUAAUGUGUAAUCUUCAGUGUUUAGACAGUUUGUCAGUUACUUUACAUUGUUAUAUUUAUCGACAAGCAUCACGUGAAGAUUUCCAAAACAUGUAAAGAAUUUAUAUAUAGAGUGCGGUGUGAUAUAACCAUUUCAAACAUCAAACAUUAUCAGAUAUUAAGGAUGGUUUCUAUUUUUCUUCGUCCCAAGUGGAAUGAUCAGAUCCCCCAUUUCCAUAAGAUACGUUAAUGGUUGAAGAAACGGGUACUUGCAUUUAAUGUAUAGCCAGAUAAAUCCACAGUGGAGGGCGCGUGAGGCUUGUCUUUGUACUUUAUGAAUUUAAUAGUAGUAUGUUCAAUUCCAUUAUGAUCAACCAAAUGCAAUAAAAGGCAUCUUAAAAGAUGCAAUGGAAAAUUUUGGUACCUGGUGAGUGAGGAUAUACUGUGGUCAGACUUUAUUUAGGGUAGGUCACCAUGAAGACAAUUUGUCAGAUACAUUUGAUUAUUAUAUCGCGUAUUUGACUCACGGAUCCGAUCGACCCGCGUGUUCUAUACAUUUGAGGUUGUUUACAUGCGGUUGAUAUACUAUAUAUUACGGUUGUUUACAUAUGGCAGUCCAUGGAAGGUUCUGUACACUUGAGGUUGUUUUCAUGUGGAUGGUAUACUAUACAUUAAGGUUGUUUACAUACGGAAAGUUCUGUACAUUUGGGUUUGUUUACAUGCGGUUGAUAUACUAUAUAUUAAGUUGUUUACAUACGGAAGGUUCUAUACAUUUGAGGUUAUUUACAUACGGAAGAUCUCCACAUUUCAGAUUGUUUACAGAUGAAAGGUUAUAUGCAUUUGGGGUUGUUUACAUGUGGGAAAUAUAAUGUAUAUUUGGAGUGACAUAUGUGGAAGGCUUUAUACAUUUGAGGUUGUUUACUUACGGAAGGUUCUCUACAUUUGACAUUGUUUACAUAUGAAAGGUUCUAUGCAUUUGGGGUGGUCUACAUGUCUGUGAUGUAAUAUACAUGUAUAAUAUUUUAUCACAUAUAUAAUAUGACUUAUAUAUGAAAGGCUUUAUACAUUGAGGUUGUUUACAUAUGAAAGUUUCUAUACAUUUUGGGCUGUUUACACAUGGAAAGUUAUACACAUUUGGGGCGGUUUACAUAUGGAAGGUUCUAUACAUUUUAUAAGGGUAGUUUCUAUUGUGGCCACCUUAGUUUAAAUGUUUGGGACAGACUCAGUAUAACGUCUUUUCUUGUCGGAAGUCAUUACUGCGUUUAAAUUGUGAACGAUGUCAUUUCCAUACAGAUCCUUGAUUGCAAAUGCAUAAAACACACAGUUUUGCUGGUAGAUGAAAAUCGGAGUGCUCGUGGUAGACCACUAAUUUUGGCAAGAUUCUGAAGAACAUUCCCAAGUGUGACGUAUAGAUUUGCAUGCCAUAUUGGUCAUCUACAAACGUUAGAUUACACAAGUGGCCUACAUACUAGCGUUGUCCAACUAACAAUGAAAUGUGGGGAAUCUAUAAAUUCUGUGUCUCGGACCGGGAUAGAACUCGCCACAUGUGUCCCUCGUGGUGAGUGGUUACGUACCUUACUCACCGAGCUACACACCUCUCCUCACUAAUAGGGACACGGAACUACCUGAGCCCAGUUGUUGACAUGUGUAUUAGCUAAUACUCAGUUGUUCGAAUGUGUAUUAGCUAUUACUGGUAUGAACUCAUAUCUUAUAUAUAAAAUUUUAGCCAAAAUCAGC